UAAAUAUAUCUGGUUGCAUACCUAUUAUAUAUUUGAUUGACGUUUAUUAGGUAACCAAUUUUUGACAGUUUCAUAAUAGAAUUCUCGACAGAAGAAAACUUCACGAGGCAACAUGGUUGGUCACGGUCAUGAACAUGACUUUCCUUAUAAGAUCCCAGAUUACAGGAUAUACAAAGUUUCUGAUGCCCCUUUACUGCUGAAGACACAACAGGCUUUGGCGGCGCAAGGCUUGAAGGAUCCCUGGCUGCGUAACGAAGUAUGGCGCUACGAUCCCAAGCAUUUCGGUACUGAGAGAUCCAGGGUCAUUUCUUUAGUGGGUCGCGGCUUCAAGUUGGGCUUCGGUGCCUUCGUACUCACAAUCGUGGGAACUGCAGUGUAUGAUAAGCUUUACCCUAGCGAACAUGGCCACGGUCAUGGGGGUGAUCAUUAGUCAUAUUGUUUUUUUUGGAUAUUUAGAGAAUUACUUGCUUUAUAGUUCAUGUAUAUACGAUUAUUCUACAUAAAACACAAAAAUUUCACUUAAAAA